GAGCCCCAGGAAUCCUGCCAAUCUUGGACACUUCCCAACAAACCAUGGCAUCAGAGGAGGCCUCCCUCCGAGCCCUGGAGAGCCUGAUGACGGAGUUUUUCCACAACUGCACUACGAACGAGAGAAAGCGUGAAAUCGAAGAGCUUCUGAAUAACUUUGCCCAGCAAGUCGGUGCCUGGAGAUUUUGCCUCUAUUUUCUGUCGAGCACGAGAAAUGACUACGUCAUGAUGUAUAGUUUAACAGUAUUUGAGAACCUGAUCAAUAAGAUGUGGCUUGGGGUCCCAUCUCAGGAUAAAACAGAGAUUCGCAGUUGCUUGCCGAAACUUCUUUUAGCUCACCAUAAAACUUUGCCUUACUUCAUCCGAAACAAACUUUGUAAGGUCAUUGUGGAUAUUGGCCGGCAAGACUGGCCCAUGUUUUAUCAUGACUUCUUCACAAAUAUUUUACAGUUGAUCCAGUCCCCAGUGACAACUCCACUUGGACUGAUCAUGCUGAAGACCACGUCCGAAGAGCUGGCCUGCCCACGGGAGGACCUCAGCAUCGCCCGGAAGGAGGAGCUGCGGAAGCUACUCCUGGAGCAGGUUCAGAAUGUCCUUGGACUUCUCACGGGAAUUUUGGAGAGCAUCUGGGAUAAAUACAGUGUUACGGCAGCCACACCUCCGCCAUCUCCGACGUCCCGGGAAAGCGGUGACCUUUUGAGUAGCCUGUUGCAGAGUCCCCGUGCAGCCAAGUUACUGAACCAGCCAAUCCCCGUCCUUGACGCAGAGAGCGAGUACGUUUGUUCCCUGGCUUUGGAGUGCCUAGCCCACCUUUUUAGCUGGAUCCCGUUGUCGACUAGUAUCACCCCUUCCCUCCUCACCACCAUCUUCUACUUUGCCCGCUUCGGCUGCGACACCCGCGCCAGGAAGAUGUCCUCCCUCAACGGCAGCAACCAGAACGCCGCCUUGAGCCACGAACGUGGCCAGCUGGGCGUCCUGGCCAUGUCUUGCAUCAACGAACUCAUGUCCAAGAACUGCGUGCCCGUGGAAUUCGAAGAGUACUUACUCCGGAUGUUCCAGCAGACCUUCUACCUCCUCCAGAAGAUCACCAAGGAGAACAACACCCAUACCGUGAAGAGCCGGCUAGAGCAGCUGGACGAGAGCUACAUAGAGAAGUUUACUGAUUUCCUACGUCUUUUUGUGAGCGUCCACUUAAGAAGGAUCGAGUCGUAUUCGCAGUUCCCGGUGGUGGAAUUUCUCGCGCUGCUGUUCAAGUACACAUUUCACCAGCCCACCCAUGAAGGUUACUUUUCCUGCUUAGACAUCUGGGCUCUCUUUUUGGACUAUUUGACCAGUAAAAUAAAGAAUCGCUUGGCAGAUAAAGAAGCAGUACUCAACAGGUACGAGGAUGCUUUGGUUUUGCUGCUGACCGAAGUACUAAACCGAAUACAGUUCAGAUACAACCAGGCCCAGUUGGAAGAGCUGGACGAUGAGACGCUGGACGAUGACCAACAGACCGAAUGGCAGCGGUAUCUCCUUCAGAGCUUAGAGGUUGUGGCCAAAGUUAUGGAGCUUUUGCCAUCUCACGCCUUCUCCACCCUGUUUCCAGUGCUCCAGGAAAACCUGGAUGUGUAUCUGGGACUCCAACAGUUCAUUGUCACCUCGGGGACAGGCCACCGGCUGAACAUCACUGCGGAGAACGACUGCCGGCGCUUGCACUGCUCUUUGCGGGACCUCAGCUCCUUACUCCAGGCGGUGGGACGGUUAGCGGAAUACUUCACUGGGGACAUGUUCGCAGCCAGGUUCAGCGAUGCUCAUACCAUAGUGGAGAGGUUGGUCAAGGUGACUCUGUAUGGGUCCCAGAUUAAACUCUAUAACAUUGAAACGGCGGUGCCAUCUGUACUAAAACCUGACCUUAUUGAUGUACACGCACAAUCCCUGGCAGCCCUGCAGGCUUAUUGCCACUGGCUGGCCCAGUUCUACGGCGAGGUUCAUCAGCAGAACCUGACCCAGUUUGUCUCCUUGGUCUCCACUGCUUUGGAAGCGAUUGCUCCGUUGAUCAGUUCUAAGGUACAGGAGAAGCUGCUCUUGUCGGCCUGCCAUCUGCUCGUCUCCUUGGCCACCACCGUGCGGCCCGUGUUUCUCAUUAGAGUCCCAACCGUGCAGAAAAUGUUCAACAGGAUGACCGACAGCUCUGCUCAGCGGCUUUCGGAUAAGGCCCAGAUCCUCUUGUGCAGGUCGCUGUCAAACAUUCUGCUCCUCCCGUGGCCAAACCUCCCGGAAGCUGAACAGCAGUGGGCCAUUCGUUCAACUAACCAUGCCAGCCUCAUCUCGGCCCUCACCAGGGAUUACCGCAGCCUGAAAUCCAGUGCCAUCUUACCCCAGAGGAAAAACCAGCAGGACAAUACAAAAGUCCUCAUCCACCAGACUCUGAGCGUCCUGGAAGAUAUUGUGGAGAGCGUCUCCGGGGAAGCCACCAAGUCUCGCCAGAUCUGCUACCAGUCACUGCAGGAGUCCGUCCAGGUGUCCCUUGCCCUCUUCCCAGCUUUCAUUCAUCAGUCAGAUGUAACAGACAAAAUGCUAAGCUUCUUCCUGACCCUGUUCCAGAGUCUGAGGGUGCAGAUGGGGGUGCCUUUCACCGAGCAGGUGAUACAAACAUUCCUCAACAUGUUUACCAGUAAUGCCUCCGCGGAAACCCAAGAAGCGUCCACUGGUUGUCAUCACCAAUUUGGAUUAGUGGCAAAAGUGCUGGCCUCGGAACCAGGUAACACUUUUAAAUCACUCCUGCCCAGCCAGAAGAAGCUGUUGCAAACCCCGUGUGCUUUUCUCGUCUCCCAGCGAUCGUCUCCUGAUGUGAAAGCCGAACUCUAUGAGCUGCUUUUUCGGAUUUUGCACCACAACUGGCGAUACUUCUUCAAGUCCAACAUCCUGGCCAGCGUCCAGAGAGGAGGAGCCGAGGAGCAGAUGGAGAACGAAGCCCAGUUCUCUGCCAUUAUGCAGGCAUUCGGCCAGUCCUUCCUGCAGCCGGACAUACACCUGUUCAAGCAGAACCUGUUCUACCUGGAGACUUUGAACACCAAGCAGAAACUGUACCACAAGAAGAUCUUCCAGGCGUCGAUGCUCUUUCAGUUUGUGAAUGUGCUGCUUCAGGUCCUGGUCCACAAAUCCCACGACCUCUUGCAGGAGGAAAUCGGCAUCGCCAUCUACAACAUGGCCUCCGUGGACUUUGACAGCUUCUACUCGGCUUUCCUCCCAGGGUUUUUAGCCGGCUGCGACAGGGUGGACACCAACCAGAAAAACGUCCUGGGGAGGAACUUCAAAAUGGACAGGGAUCUGCCAUCCUUCACCCAGAAUGUGCACAGGCUGGUCAACGAUCUGCGCUACUACAGACUCUGCAACGACAGCUUGCCCCCGGGGACCGUGAAGUUGUAGCUGCCGGCGACGGACUCAGCAUUUCCAAAUCUCCGUUAAGGAGUGGAUCUGGCGUUGCCACUGCCUCCGAC